AUGGGUAACCAGGAGAAGGCCAGUAGUCAUGGAGUUACGGGGAGAAGGCCACUAGUUUAUAGGCAGGGAGAGGGCAACUUGGUAUAGACCGGGAGUCCUGGGAUGGAGAAGGUCGAUAGUCCCUUGGCUGGUGGACUUGUGGUAACGUGGAUUCAUAUGUUGGAGAUGUGUGGUAAUAUGGAGAAAUGCCAUAUGUAUCGGAUGGGGUGUAUGUGGUAACAUGGAGAAUACCCCUAAGUGGAGGGAUAUAGGGCGACAUAAUGAAGACCACUAGUUCAGGGUUGUGGUGGACAGUGGCUAAUAUGGACAAGGCCCCUUCCUUGUAAGUGGUUGCUGUACAUUGGGUAACAUAAAGAAGAGUUAUAGUUUGCGGGUCUCAUGGUAAUACAGAAUGAUUCUAGUUAUGGGUUGUGUUUUCCAUUUGAGAAGGCCCCUAGCUUUGUCAUGUGUACAUGGGCAAGGCUCUUAGUUAUAGGCUGUAGGAUGUGGGUUAACAUGGAGAAGGCCCCUAGUUUUUCUGAUAUGGGGUAACAAGGAAGUGGCCCCCAAUUGAAAGCUGGGGUUACAAGAGCUGUGGAAAGAUGAGCUUAAACUCUCUAGCCACAUGUAGUAGAGUACAAGUUGAUAUUGUGUUGCGUUAUUGGGCAGUCUCCAAAUGACACUCUAUGUAAAGCAGGAACACUGCUAGGGAUAAGCUGUCGAGCAGCUUAGUUAGUUGCAGAAGCUGAUGCAUAUUAAGAAACAUUAGAGGGCUGUACAGCAGUUAUAGACCAGGGUUUUCCAAACUCUUGCCCUCCACAUGUUGCUGAACUACAACUCCCAUGAUUUGAAUCAAAUAGCCAGAUAAUCAUGUGAAUUGUAGUUCAGCAACAUCUGGAGGACCAGAAUUGAGAACCCUGAUAUAGACUGACGGAUGCAGUGUUGCUGGCAUUAUCCAAUGGAGCACAUUAGGGAAAUGUGUGUAAAAGUCUGUGGAACACAUAAUGGUAAACAGGUUAACAUUAAGGAAUGGGAUUUUUGAAGAUGUGUGGAUGAAUUGGCAAUUAAGGUAAACGGAGGGACAAGAAAUGUGUAAUGGGAUUAAGGACACUUUAUGAUAGUAAUGAUUGAGUUUAGCACCGUGGCUGUAGGUGAAAUACAUACCCGUACUUGGCAGGUUCUCUGGGAAAUGUAGUUCACACACAUCAGGGUGCCAAGAUUGGCCAAUAAAACACCCUGGGUAAUCAUGUUUGUGACAUUUAAUGACAUGGAAAACCCUUUAAUAAUAAACAAAAACUGUAACCUACAUAGUGCACUUUAGAUGUAUGGGAGUAUUGUAUAUUUGUUCAAUAGUAUAAAUCUACCCAAUAGCAAACUGUUACCUUGCCUACAAAUGCACCAAACCGGUUGAGUACCUGAAUUGACCUUUUUAAAGGAACAUUCCAAGCAUCAUAUCUACUUUAGAUCACUGUUAUGGUGUAAUGAUAGUCCUUGCGUUCCCCCUAUUGUAAGGAAUAAUCAGCUGACUCUCUCCGCCAAUGAAUUAAGUACCACAUUGCAGCCUCACCACCAUUGUAAGGAAUCAAAUCUGUUUUGAGGUGUUUAAUUUCUUACCUGGGACCCUCCAUGCACCUCAACUGCCUUUAUAGGGACUCUCCAGUGCCAGGAAAACAAACAAAGUUCAGUGACUUACCUGUAUGCAGGGCCGAUGUCCCUCGGCGCUGGUUCAGGGUCCGCCAACGUCAUCCAGUGGGGGAGACCUAAUGCGCAUGUGCUGCAAUGCCGCGCACGCGCAUUAGACCUCCCCAUAGGAAAGCAUUCAAAAAAGCUUUCAAUGCUUUCCUAUGGGGAUUUCAGCGACGCUGGAGGUCCUCACAUAGCGUGAGGACGUCCAGCGACGCUAUAGCACAAUAUGUGUGGAAUAAACCCUGAAGUGCCAUCUAGUGGCUGUCUAGUAGACAGCCACUAGAGGAGGAGUUAACCCUGCAAGGUAAUUAUUGCAGUUUAUGAAAACUGCAAUAUUUACAGUUGCAGGGUUACGGGUAGUGGGAGUUGGCACCCAGACCACUCCAAUGGGCAGAAGUGGUCUGGGUGCCUGGAGUGUCCCUUUAACUGUUCUGAGUUAAAUCCUACAGUGUAUGGCUUAGCUUAUUGGCUGAGGGUGUCAGCUGAUCGCUUCUUACAAUAGGUGGGCACCAGGGCACUUCUGGCACUUUAACCACUACAGCGAGCUAUUGUGAUGCUUUGAGUGUUCCUUUGCAAACAUCAUAACUACCUUCUACUGUCCUAAAAUAGGACACGAGGCUGUUAAAGGGCCCCUCCAGACCCUAAAUCACUUUAGCUUGAUAAAAAAAAAAAACUUUGUGUGAAGAGUGUCCUCUUUUAUUAUUAUUUUGGAAAUAAUGCAACAGAAAUUUACACAUUAUACUGGUUUCAACCCCACCCUAUCCCCCUUGCUUUUUGAGCAGACAAGUCCUUCCUGGUUUGGUUAGCUAAUUUGCUCAGAACUCAAGAAGCAGCAACUGCCUGGCUUACCAAGACUUCUCAUCGAGCUGCAUUGGAAAGUCUGUGAUUGGACGGUCUGGGCGGGGUUACAAAUGGAGGGCUUUUUAUUUACUUUGUACUCCAGCAGUGGAGUGUCGCUUUAAGUAAGGUUUGAAACCGUAUCUUGGUCCCGCCGAUUGCAUGUGGUAUUCUGACAGAGAAACCAGGUGUCUCUGUAGAAUAAAACAUGGUUGAUGCAGAGCAGCUCAGCUGCCGUUCACUUUGUUAAAGACUGAAUUCAGGGAAUGCUGGCACCUUGUGAGACCAAGCUUAGUUGUCAAGCUGUACUAAACUGUUUGACACCUUACUGUGGGACAGCAUGAGUGCCCUUCUGUCACAAUAAGCACUAUUGGGGGCUGUAGUGGUUAUGGUGCUUGAAGUUUUCAAUUUAAAGGGAUACUGAAACCCUCAUAACCACUUUAUCUCUUUGAAAUGGUUAUGGUGUUCCUGGUUCAAGUAAACUGCCUGCUAUCUAUGGUAUGGUUUAAAGCAGAGCGUAACUAACUUUUUAAAAAUAUAUAUAUAUAUUUUUUUUAAAUUCUGUUAAACUGUUCAGAAACAUUUUAAGUGUCCAUGGACUCCAGGCACCAUAAUCUCUUAAAUGAAUGCAAUCUGGGAGCAAGGCACGUAAAAGCACACGGACUGUGGUGGAAUAGUCGUCGUUUUACUUACAGGCUGAAAAGCUAUACAUCAGUAUAAUUGCAAGCACAGUGCGUAGAUCAAAUUGUAUCUUCCACCCCAUGGUAGUAUCAUGCCAUUUUUAUUUAUUUUUGUGACUGUGAGGAGGAAAGGACUAAAUAUUGACUGUAACUAAGUAAAGCAAAUGCUACCCCAGAAAUUGACAGGUUGAUUAAUUGAAUACUACAAGCAUCAUAACCUGGCAUCUCUUGGCACCAUCCCACUGUAUGCUGUAUAACCAUUUGCAAACUGUGAGGUUCUGCACUGAUACAGUAACUAAGGUAUAAGAUCAUACUCUGUAUUUUCUAUAUAUAUAUAUAUAUAUAUAUAUAUAUAUAUAAUUUUAUUUUAUUAUUUUUUUUUAUUUUUUGUUUGUUUGUUUGUUUGUGAAUCUUAACACAACACAGCCAGGUAAUUGUCAAACCAUUUGUAACAAUCUGACAGCUAACUGGAAUAGUGCGACUGUACUACUGGCACUAUAACCACUGUAAUGAACUGUAGUGGUUAGGGUGAUUUUACGUGAACUAAGACCUAAAUAUUAGGAAGCAAAGGUGUUGUAAAAAUGUAUAGGGUGGGGUCUUUUCUACUUACCCAUUUUACUUUAGGUAUUAUAUUGCAUAGAUUUAAGACACAUCGCAGCUUUCACACACUGCCUUAGAGCAAUCUGCUCAUUACAAUAACUUGAAAUAGAUGGUAGCAUUUUUUUAUUUUUGGUUUUGUUUGCCACGUGAGAUGCUAUAGAGCCUUUCAGUAGCCAUGAUAGCUGGCUGUGAAGAAUUUGGCAAUGUCUGCACCCAAAGGGUUUUGUUUUUGAUUGCAAGAUUUUUAAGUAUAUUUUCUAUUUGCGGAAGUUUCUAUUUUUUUAUUAUUAUAUGAUUAAUGCAAACAGUUGUAAUAUAACCUCCAACUGAUUUUUUUUUUUUUUUUUUUUUUUAAAGCAGGCAGUCUGCAUGGUGAACUUGCUCCAUUGCGUGGACAGCCAUGACUUCCGGUACAAGUUCCAUGUGCUGUGUAUUGUGCAUUUAAGUCCUAGAAUCCAAGCUUUGCAUAUUGUCCUCUAAAACUGCGCAUGAAUCAAAGUGCUUUGGAUUCUAGUGCUUCGGUAAAAUAGUUUGGCAAUUUCACGGUUUGUCAAUCUUCUUUACCACCUCUCUACAAUACAUCUCUACUUUUUGCAUCAACAAUGGGUGACCUUCUGAGUUUGACUACAUUGAAAUCAAGGUGAUUUAUUGAAAGUCGCAUACCUCUUCAAAUUUGUUCAUUCUGUAUAAGCUGUGCAAUAUUAGAGCAUUCAGAGCCAUGAGCCUAGUUCCCCAAUUGCAAAGUCUGCAUGAGAAUAAACAUUUGGAGCUUAUUUUAUUUGUUUGUCUUGUAUGACACUUGAAAUUCGGCAAGUCUAAAGUUGACUUCAAACUGCUGGUGAUGUUCACCUGUGUGGCCAUAUAUUCUCCAGUUAGUCCAGCUAUAUUUUGUAGUGUAGCAAUUAGUAAAUGGGGAGUUAUACACUCAAAGAUGUGUUAAGGUUAACUUUGUGAAAUCUUUUACACGCGUAUUCAUAAUGCAUGUCAGUUGGCAUCUUUGACAAAGAAUUCAGUAACCGAUAUCUUUAGGAUUCUGUUUGCGUCUUCUAAUCAUUGAUUAAUUUGGAGAUUAUUUCUUAAUAGCCCGCAACUUGAUCUGUGAACUUGGGUCACCUUAGGAUUUUAUGGCUAAACCUCAGUAUAUCAUCUCCCAUGUUACAAUGCCACCUUUUGAAAUGCUGUGAUUUUAAUAUAGCACUUUGCCAAUUAGGUUAAUUGAUUAAUGCAAUGGUAGUUUAUUUAGAGAAUUAGGGUGAAACUUUAGCAGAAGCAUUAAAAUAAUUAUAUAUUACUCGAGCAAUGAAGAUGAGCUUGGUAACCUGGAUUUGUGAAUUAGAUUUCCCUUCAUACUCAGUCACCUUGAUUGUUUCCUGCCUUAAAGGGGCUACUUCAAGCACCAUAACCACUUAAGUGGUUUGAACUGGUCAUGGUGUUUGGAGUAACCACUUGGACUGUUUCAGUAUGGACUCCUACAGCAAUGUCAUUGGUGCAUGAUUAGUCAGUCCUGAACAAGUCCAGGUUGGCUAAUGUCAAAUCUGAGCAGACUGGAUUGGCCUCCAACAUCUGCAGAAGCAAGUUGCACGUCCCCAGACAUAGAGGUGCAUUGUAACAUGGUGGAGAUCAGGGUAAGAGGGCAAACUUAAUAAACCGUUUACCCAAUAACCAGGGCUGGGUAUUCCUGUAAUCUUCACCACUACACAGCACUCCUUCAAGCACUCCUUUAAGAGGUCGUCUUUGGCGGGUAUAAUUGACAUACUUGACAUAGAAGUGCCUGUUAUGAAGUGGCUGAUAGAUUGGGGCAUGAGAUUUAGAUCAGUACAUUUUCUAGCAAUCCUGCUAGCACGUUGUAGUGCUGAAAUGCAAUGCUUUUUAAUUUCCAUAAGUUUGCUGUCUGCUUGACCGUUGCGUUACAGGUAUUGCUGCAGGUACCACGGCUGUUUUCACCAUCUCCCACAGCCAGAUAUUAUUUACAUCAUUCUAACUGGUCAGUAGGAAUUGACUUUUGCAUUCAUCAAAAUGGAACCAAAGCUGUGUGCUAUGAUUUUGAGGGUUCAUUACUGUUUGCAGCGGCACCCUACUUUAGAGGGUUUAUUAAAUCAAAGUAUACUAAAAUCUAAAACUGGUAACAUAGCUCACAACUAUGAUUAUCUUGUCCAGGGCUUCAUGACCGUUAUCCAUGAGAACUCUUGCAUCAAACAGGACUUGUAAUUAGUUGUAAGAUGCACAACAAAGUGUUUGAUUUUUAUCUGUAUGGUCUUUUUGUUUUGAGGUUCUCUUCCUGUUUAUUUCCAAUUUCUUGGUUAUAUUUGUUGUGCGUAUGAAACACUGUUCUUCCUAAACCACUUUACAUUAAACUGGAGGACAGUACCAUUGCUUUAUCCAUUGCAGGGUGAUUCCCAUAAACGUACUAUGUGUCUAGGAUUCCUUCCCCCCCACCCCUGCAGAUUACAUUGUUAUUCUGUUCCUUAAAGGUGUACUCUGAGCACAAAAUCAUUCUGUACUGGUUCUGGUGCCCGUGAUGCCUUGGCACCAUCCAAUGGUAAGAUGUCAAACUGUUUUAAAACUUGCCUUGCUCCUUCAGGUACAUUGAAUACCUUAGUCCUUGUGGUCUUCGGAGCUAUCGCUACAGUGAAAUUUCCCAUUAUCUUUAGCAAUAUCAAUUUUGACGUUAUUGGAACUUAAUUUCCUGGGAGCAGGAGCUGACACUUGAACGAUGUGCAAAGUAGCACAAAAUUGACAUUGCUAAUGUAUGAACUAUCACUAUAGCUUAUCGUUGCAGACUGACCCGGGUGAGUGUCACGUCUUUUGUGAAUGGUUUGACAUCUUACUGUGAGAUUGCGCCAUGGCACUGCGUGCAGCAUAACCACUACAGAGUGUUUUAAUGGUUGUGGGCUAAGAGUAGCCCUUUAAGGUAAAUCCAGUGACCUAAGAUUGCCCUUUACCUUGUAACUGCAUUACAGGUAGAAUGUGCCUGCACAGCAAUCGUGUAUAAUUAUAUACAAGCAAUAAUUAUAUACCAUCUAUCAUUUUUGCCUUAUGAGUUUAAUCGGGUUGGCCAACAGGUAAGCUCUCACAUUUUGAGCUACAACGUGAUGCUUGGGAUAGCAUCAUAGGUAUUGUGUAGUUCUACAACAGAUGAGGGUUUACUUUUUGGCUAAUCCUGAUCUAUCUUAGAGUGAACCAAAUUACAUAAACUGAUAGGAAAAAGUCUUUAAAAAAAAAAAAAAAGUUAUAAAGAGUGGCAAAGCAUUGUGGGUGUUGUUCUACAACCACGUGUUGGUCACACUUGAUUUUGAUGAUGGAGCAAUAAACUGUUUUAUUAAUAACUAAAUUGCAGAGAGAUUAAAUUACACUAGAGAUUGUAAAUCUAAUUAUGUUUAUGUAUAUUUUUUUUAUUUUUUUCAAACAUCUGGGUGAACAGACUCUCUGCGUCAUUUCUUAAUCAAACCCUUCAAAAGCAAGUACCUCUUGGUCGCUGCUAAAACACUGAAUCACCGCUCUUCCUCCCAUUGCAUUUGGAUUCAUUAUUAAUGCAAGUAUUUCCUUGUUUCUGUUACGUUCUGAAGUCACUAAAACAUUAUGUGCUCCUUGGAAUCUAGCUCCUAAAGGUAGGAUAUAGAGAAUCAAAUAGGUGGAUGUGAAAUUGAACAAAAUCAUAUGUAAUGGUUCCAUUAGGGGACACUCCAGGCACCAGCCCAGCUUAAUUGCAUCUGUAUGUUUUGGCCUCUAUUCUAAUCUUAAUCUUUAGUUUUGUAUCUCAGCAUAUCGCUACUCCAUAGUCAUGGCUUUUUCACAAACCACCUUCAUUAGAACUCCUGAGUAUGUACACAGCUUGGCCAAUGAGAGAUCAGUGAGAGCUGAGCUGCUUAUAUGACUCUUCCACACAGCCAAUCAUGGUCUUCCUAUUCUCCAUAUGAAAUACUAAACAAAAAAGUAAACAGCGAUGAUGAUUUAUUUAUAUUUAUUUUUGCUUAAAGGGACACAAUAGCCACCAGAACAACUACAGCUUAUUGUAUUUUUUCUGGGGAGUAGUAUCAUUCUCUUCAGGCUUUUUGCAGUCAAGACUUUUUUCAGAGAAAAUGCAGUGUUUACAUUACAGCCUAGGGAUACCUCCACUGGCCACUCUUCAGAUGGCUGCUACAGAUGGUUUCUGGGGUAGUGUUGCACACUGCAGCACUGACAUUUAGUGGCUCCACCCUUUGCAUGCAGACACUGAACUUUCCUCAGAGAUGCAUUGAUUCAAUGUAUCUCUGAUGAAAUGCUGAUUGGUAGGGCAGCAUUUGGUUUGUGCUGACUCAGCCCCUGAUCUGCCUCCUUGACAGUCUCAGCCAAUCCAAUGCUUUCCUUUGUAAAAGCAUUGCGAUUGGCUGAGAGAAUCACUUCUGAUGUCAGUCAAGCAGGCAGAGCCAGCAGCAGCAGACUGAAAUUAAAGUAUGAUUUGACUAUAUUUAGGGGGGAGGAGGGGCAGGGGGUAGAUGGUGUUUUUAACAUUAUAUGGUCAGGAAUACAUGUUUGUAUUUAUGACCCUAUAGUGUUUCUUUAACUCGAUAAUAUGGAGGAUUUACAAGAAUAUCACAUAGUAGGCUAAAAUAGCAGAAUUUAAAAAAAGAAAUACUCCAUUCCAUUGUUUUCAGUUGGGAUAUUUUGUUCUGAAACUUGUAGUGACCAUGUAAUUUCUCCAUAUUGUGUAAUAUUUCUUGUGGAAUACCAUGUUCACUGUUGGAAUACAUGUGAGCUGAAAGGGAAAAUAACUACAUUUAUGGCAGGAUGAUUGCCAUUGUAGACUGAUUUUUCACAUCCAUGAUAUUUAUAUUUCAGUUUAUGUAACAUUGACUCGAUUCAGACUGUAUCUGAAUAGGCCUGUACAAAUGUCAUAGACAAUGCCAUUCUUAACCCAUGCUAUGAAAUGCAUUACAUUCUUUUAUCAUACAGCAAUGGUUGCUCUGGCUCUCUGAAUUCAAGUCUCAUCAUUCUUGAACAGCGUCAUAGCUUAAUGGGGAAAAGUAUAACCAAAAGCCCAGAACUGUUGAGUAUUAUAGUUAAUUUGGUUUCACUAAUGAAAGACUAUUGUGGCAGAAGCAGCAGAGAUCUUCAUUAACAAAUCUUCCACGAUUAAUUAUAUAUUGCUGGGUUUCAGGUUCCUUUCAAAUUCAGUAGCAGUUAGAUACAGUCAUUCUAAGUGUGUGGAAAAGCCACAGGACCAUACCUUAAAAAUCUUUCUUUCCAAAAACAAAUCCUAAUAACAGUGAGUUCUUACCAGUCAGCCACAUUUACCUCUGCAACUAAUCUUUCAGUAUUUUAUAGAGAAUUCUUCCUCGACUCCUAAAUAAAUCUAACUCUGAAAUUCUACAAACCUCUUUGCAUACAGGGUUAUUUAAUGUAUAAUACGGGUUACUUUAUUUUCUAUUUUACUUAAAUAUAUAUAUAAAAAAAAAAAUCUUGAAAGUUGCCCUUUACUUAUUCUGUAAGAAAGGGACUUGAAAAAUAGUCUGUGACCUCCUUGAUACAUAAUAACUUUCAAAACCUUUAGUAAAAAGUGUUUUAACCUUCAAGUAAAUUAUUUGCCUUUCUACACAAGUGCUGCAGUACGAACCACCUGGAUGUGGAUGGCAGAAAAUAGUUUUAUUUUCUUAAAAAUUAAUGUUUGUUUCUCUUAAAGGCUCCUCUGCUUUUUUUUUUUUUUUUUGCAGGUAACUGUUUCUCUUAAAAGGAUCCUCCUAGGCUGUCCACUAGGAUGAGUACAGCUGUAUCGUGACCUCAGGGACCUGGUGAGUAGUGUUUGAUGUUACUUAAUCAAAGAUGAGGGGGAAAAAAAAUCUGCAGUGUUCACUGAUUUGUACGAGCUAGAAACAGUAGCCUCUGUAAUCCUCCUUGCCUGAGGGCCUUGCUAUAAAAUGAAAAUUUUUAAUUGCAGGGAAUUGGUACUGGUAAAUCUCUGCAAAUAAUUACCAGGUACCGCAUGUUUGUAUAAGAUGUGUAUCUACUCCAGGUAAUAGAGCAACACGUUUACGGUUGUAAGAAAGUAACAGGUUUGCCGCACUUGUUACGUUUUACAUGGCAGUUUAUAGAUUGCUUUUGCUGUCCUAUGUUUCUUUUUGUUAAUGGAUCUGAUGAGCUGUGCAUGUGUUGGAAUGCUAGAUUAGCAAACUGUACUGUGUUCACGGGCCAAGAUUUAGCGAAUGACGAGGAGGUUUAAUGUAUUUUCCUCUAAGCAGUAUAGUGAAUAAUGCCAUCCUGUCUGGUAUUGAGGCACUCUAGGUAUUCAAUAACAAACAUUUGUAAUCUUAUUUUGUGUCGACUCAUGGUAUUAUAUAAUACUGGGCUUCUUAAACAAGCACUCUAAGGGCAUUUAACUGCCAUGAAGUUACUAAAUUCUCAGAACUGUUCCCUCAAGACCACAGGCUCUCAGAAGCAUUGAUCUAGUACAGGGGUUCCCAUCCCAGUCCUCAAGUACCCCCUAUCAGUCCAGGAUUUAGGAAUUCCCUCGUUGCUACUUGAGGACUGGGUUGGGAAUCACUGAUCUAGUAUACUGUACAAGAUGUAUUGCACGGUGUGGGUUAAAUGUUUGUUUGGGGGCUGGUUGGAAAAAUGAUAUUGAGUAGAUUGAUGCAUGUUUUUGUCACUCUCAAUAUAUAGAUCAACGCAGGGCUCAAAAAGUCCUAAACUACUAGCCAGGCCUUACCACUAUGCAGUAAUACGUAAGAAGCCUGUUUAGCCAGCCUGCCCCUAAAUCGCUUGUAUAGCGUCAGACAGGACACCUUCUUCCAGCUCCUUGUCUACUUCAUAUUGAAGGCUUUACUGUUAUGGUGUUGCUAUAACUGCAAAAGCUAAGGAAGUCAGAAGAAAUUAAAUAGAAAUAACUUUUCCAAUCAUUCACUGUGAUAGUAACUGCCUACUGGGCUGGAGAAAAGUAAGGAGCAGUGGGGUUCAAGAGUCUGGACCUGAGGGUACCCUUCUAAAUGGCUGACGCUGCCAGGUGGUGUAACCUCAAUGUCGAAGACUGCAGAUUCAAACGGCACUGAGAACUUUCAGUGGGGGCCAAUGAAUUUCCACUCGCUAGUGGGCAAGUUUAAAUUUUAAGCCCUGGACUCUGUAUUUAUAAACGCUGUAGGGUAAAAGAAAUCGUUAGGCAAAAUGUGACACCCUAGUUUUAUUGCAUGAUCUAGUUUAGGGCUCUAAAUUUUCUACAGCCAUUGGUAAGUGAAGAUUCAGCCCUGGUGAGUGCGCCAUUGACUCUCCAGGCUUUCAGUGGUGUGUAACUUAAGGUCUGGCUAGUAGUAUAGGGUUUGAAAUUUUAAGCCCUGAUUUAUAGAUUGCUCAAAAUAUCAAGCUCUGCAAUGCUAGCUGGGCCUAUGUUACUCUCCACUGCAAGCUUAGCACCCAAACCAGGCAUUAAUUUCUGCUUGCCAGGGCCGGAUAUUCACUUGCCGGUGGCUAGUAGAGAGGGGAAAUCUGAAUCUGUGAUAGAAAUAAUGCAUUAAAAAUAUAGCAAGUACCUGCUCAGCUGAGAGGUGAUGUCUGCAUUAACAGGCAGACCUCUCCCCUCGCCAGGAUGAGGUUGCACAAUCCGGAAACUCGCAUUCUGCUGUUUGGGUUGGGGUCUAAUUUUAUCACAUUAACACCUGUUCAGCAUCUCUAGUAAAUAAAUACUGCUGGAGGGCUCUGUAUUUUAAUUUUCUUUGUUUUUAUACCUAUAUUUUGGUCAACCCUGCUCUAAAGGCUUCCGUAUCGACUGAUUUCUCACUCAAGUCGAAUGUAACAAUGAUACUGCAGCUCAGUGUUCCACCAUAGAGAGAGGGUGACAGCAGGGUUCCAUCUUUUGGGACUAUCUUUCACUGUGCCAAGCAGCAAGAACUUUGCAAUUGCUGCUGCUUAGUCUGAUUGCCCCGUGCCGAUUUUAGCCAAUUUGGCUAAAAAUUUGCCAUUUUGGUGGCCACAACAGGGGGCGGAGCCGGCGCACCUGCGUGGCGCUGGAGAUAAGGUGAGUUUUUUAAACUUUUAUAUGGGAGCUAAGGGGGGGGGCAAGCCACUAAAUGGUGGGUUUAGCACUAUAGAUACAUGUUUCUGUUACUGACCCUAUAGUGAUCCUUUUAAGGGACUUCAGCGGUCCAAAAAUUCACCCCUGAUUUUUUUUAAUUCAUUGAAAUCUGUAAUUUUUAUUUUUUUAUUUUUUUUUAUUCCCAGUGUGCCCUGGCGAUGCACAGCGUUCCCUCUGCAACGAGCGACACAUGUCCGAAGAAUGCUGGAACUGCAGGAGGGGAGAGUCCACUUCAACAAGAGAGAGCGCAACAAAAAGGAAAAAGACGAGCAAAACGACAACACUGACACAAGCACUUCGCAGAAAGCUCUGAGGAGCCAUUUAAAGACCCCAAGCCCUCCAAAGAACUUGGCAAGCCCCACUGCGUCUGUGACCGCGUGCUCGGGAUCUCUGUCAAUGCAUUCCAGUAACCCCAAAGUCCGCAACUCCCCAUCAGGAAACGCACAGAGGUAUGGAAGGAAAUGUCUGUUACAACACAUGGUCACUUGCACCAAGAAUGAGUUUUCAAAAAUCCCUAGUGCCCUCCUCACUAAAACUGCUGCUCAAUGAAUCCCUUGAGCAUUGUAGCUUGUCCUGUCAUCUCCAGGGAGUUUAUUUGUUAAGCAGGGAAUUGUGAACAGUUGUCAGGCAAAUUCUAAAUGUUGGGCUAAAAUAGCAGAACUAAAUCUGAGAAUGUUUAAACUUUGCUAUUGGGGCCUAAAAUGUGCCAUUUGUUAAUUCUUCACAAAUCUCAGUUUGCGUAAACCCGAGUGUUUAGAUCCUGAUGUAAUUGUACACUUUUUAAAUUUGUUUAAACUUGAAAUUUUUCUUAAUUGAGCCAUUUUUAGCCUAAAGUUGUACUCGGCAGUUCUAAACCUGCUGGAGUUUAUAGUACUGUGUAUUUUGCUAAAUCAGGUUUGACUGACAACCAGUUGUGUUGAGACAGACCAUCUUUAGUAAGUUGUGUUUGUGAAUAAUGUGACUGAAAUAUCAUUUAUAGAGCGUUGCCAAGCACACAGUGUUGGACACGGUAUAAAGUCAGUGCCAGUUUCUACAGAUGCCUGGAACAUUUUAUUAACCAUUCAUGUGUUUACCUAGGAACUUGAACAGUUGUGUGUUUGCAGAGGUAUAUGUUAUGUUUUAUACAUUUUCUGAAAGAGACCUUGCCAUUAACAUAUUUGUAGAGUCCAGUCCAAGGAGAGCCUUCCAUAUUGUGUGCACACACUGCAUGUGCAGUAGGUUCAAUCUUGGAUAAGGCCAGCUUAAAGGAAGUGUUGCUGGUGGACUAUCCUAUAAUGACAGUGCUUUUUCUAAAUCACUAUAAGCUACUAUCAGAGAAUAAAAUUAUAUUCGAAGUCUUGAGUUCUAUGAGAAGUUGGUUUACCUCCAUGCAGCACCGCAACAUGCAUCCGUCAAAGACAGCAACUGCAAGUUAAUCAAACUCUUGAAUUGCUCUUCAUAUAGAUGAGAAAAAAUAACCCUUGCUUUGUAAAAUGCAUUGUUUGACUAGCUGCCACUCAGGAAUUGAUCAGUUUGAGGUAUGGAUCAGUGGCUCAUACAUUUGCUGUAAAGCACUGGCUUUCUAUUUUGUCACUCCAGUGCAUCUGGAGAAAAAAAAUGCAAGUCUGUAUUGCAAGCUGCAUGUAUUUGUGUACUGCUUAGUUAUUGAUCCACAACCUUGGAUGUCUUAAUCUUACAGUAGGGUCCCAGUGAACGGUGUUCCCCGUGCAGCAGUGUUACUCUGUCAUUGAUCCCACCUGUUACGGGGCUUUGGUUUGUGAUAGCACGGUUUAUUUACUCUGAGCAGAACUUAUUGUUUCUCAUCUCUGUGUACAUAGCAACAGACUGGUUUAUUGACAGAAGCCGCUGUAGUAGGAUUUCAUGUGUUCCAACCAGUCCAGCACUGGCCCAUGGUUGCAGAAUCUCACCUUGUUGUACAGAAUAACAAUGGUUGUUUCAAUCUAUUUAAAUUAUGUGUAAGUGGAGAGUGGACUCUGGCGUCUGCAAGUCUAUGUCCAACUGUACAUGCCAGCACCGUGUCUUGUUAUAUAACAAAGUGUGUUUGUGUAUUGUGCAACCUUUCUCUAACUGUUGAUGAUAUUCUCAGCUGGCCGUGACAGGGAAGUAAUAAAGUACUUGUAAAAGUUCUCAUAUUUAUUCUCACUCGCUCUGUGGACUGCUUAUAUUGGCCACAUAUUGCAUGCGUGUUGUUAUGGUACUUUGCUGCCUCUCUGUUAACUCUUUGUUUUACGGGAACUAUUAUGGCAAACUAACGUCCAGUAUCUUGUAACAUAUAUUCUUUUUUUUUUUUUAAACUUAGAGACACCUAGACAGGCUGUUUGUUUUGUCCAGAAUGUUCAGGAAACAGUAGCUCAUACUGGAGGAUGGAGAAUUCCACCGUAACUAAAAGAAAAAUAUAAAAAAAAUUAUAUAUAUGUUCUUGUCCCACUUGUAUCAAAUUCCCACUGUUGUGGUUUAAAAAAAAAAAUGUAUAUGAUUUGAUACAAGUUGGACAGGAACAUUUUCAAGGGUCAUAGCACCGAAGAGGUUGGAUGCAUUAAACAUACAGAGAUUUGUGUAUGUAGACUUAAUCAGUGGGGGAAGAUGAUUAGCUGAAAAAAUGGAUAGUUGGGAUAUGAUGUUUGUGAAAAGAUCAAUAAAUUCAGGUCACAGUUCCUCGUAUAGAACGGGAAAGGACAGUGUGAAAAGUCCCAUAGUAGCAUGGGAGGAGGUCUGGCACCACCGCUCAGUUUGCUUCUUUAUUUAGUAUGCCAGUGUGACAGGCUUGUGACAUUGGUUUACUAAAAAAAGCUUUCAAGUGAGCAGAUGUGCCAGACCUCUUCCCUUACCACUGCUAUGGUUAUUGAGGACCUGCCUGACCUCUGUCCCUGGCACCUGCCAGCAUUUGCCAAGCGCACAUGUGGAUGAUCACUCCGCAAAAUAUUCCGGUAUGUGCUUGUGGGAACCUUUCUCUCGGCUGUAGAACAUAAUCUUCUCUCCCUUUAACCUCUUAAUUACCAGGUGUGGGGCAAUAACCUUUUUAUUAUGACAUAAAUGGGAUGGUAUUGAUCACCAUUGAGCGAUGGUAGUAGUCACAGAUGAGGAUUCUUGUAGAGGGAUUCCAGAGAGAAUGCACAGCCCUACAGUUGUGGUGGUGAUAGUGAAUGGAUUUGCAUUUGGCUUAGCAUGUACACUGCCAUUUAAAAUGACAUGAAUACAUCCACCUCCUAGAUAGUCAUCACAAAUAACUCAUUAAAAGGUUACUUAGGUCACAGAUACCUCUUUAUCCUAAUGAAGUGGCCAGGGUGCAGUAGUCCUAUAAUUUUUACUCUGUAAUAUAAAACAUGCAGGGUUAUACACACCUCUAGUGGCUGUCUUCCAGGCGGUCACUAGAUACUCUUUUGCUACUCUGCUGACUGAGUAAAAGUCGCAUGUGAUGUUGCAGUUCAUUGGAAUCCGCUUCAAGAACAUUGGCUUGGACCAGUGAUGGGAAGCAAUUCUUCUUUAACGUUGCACAGAGGGAGUCUCUGUGCUGAAAAAAGGAAGUGAAAACAUGUUUUUAUUUAUUUUAUUUUUCCUCUAACUAAAUAGGGAUUAGUCACUAGAGAAAGCAAUACAUGAUUAUUAGUGAUGUCCCGAACGGUUCGCUGCGGACUCAUCAUUGAGUAAACUUUGACCCUGUACCUCACAGUCAGCAGACACAUUCCAGCCAAUCAGCAGCAGACCCUCCCUCCCACCUCCGGGACAGCUCACUAAGAAUGCAUCUUCACAAUGAAUGUAAAAUGGAUGCUGUCCAGGAGAUGGGAGGGUCUGCUGCUUAUUGGCUGGAAUGUGUCUGUUGACUGUGAGGUACAGGGUCAAAGUUUACUCAAUGAUGAGUCAGCAGCUAACCGUUCGUGGCGAACCGUUCGGGACAUCACUAAUGAUUAUAUUCCGAACUCUAUAGUACUCCUUUAAACAGAAAUAGCCUACAGUUGACAUAGUCUAGCCCUGUAAUUCUCUCCUGCAUAUGUAACUGGACUGCCUUGCAGACUCACAAAGUGAUCAGUGAGGUCAGCAUGUGUCAGGAUGUUUUACAUGGUGCAUCAUGUUUCUCUUUGUAAUGAGAAAUGGAAUGAGAAUUUGUAUUGAUUGCUAUUUUAUUUCAUGCUUUCUUCCAUAAACGCAUAGUUUGAAGUGAUACUGAAAACACUACAGCUUAUUGCAGUAGUUUGAGAACUUUGCUUGCGGUCUCCAUCCUCCGGUUUUCUAUCUGGCCUCUUUUUAGAGCAGUUUGACAAACAUCUCUCCCCAGCAUACUUGGGUGGUCCCUUAGCAGCCAACCUGAAGUGAAAAUUACAUUUCUGCACUCUUUGUACAAAUCUGCCCACCCUUUGAUGGCAGUAGUUAGCGUAGGGCACUGUGGUUAUAGUGCUUACAAUGAACUUUUAUCACCACUGGCAGUAAGAGGUGUAUUAUAUUCAUCAGGCCCCAGGGCCUUGCCCACAGUAAACGGUUUACUGUAGCAGCACUGCAUUUUCCAGUGCACUGCAUUUUUUUGAUGGAGGGAAGUUCUAAGGUGUUUUUGCACAAUUCUGAUGCUUUAAAUACGGUUCAAGAUUGUUUGUUUCUCCGAGUUAGGUUCCCAUUUGAUAAAUAAGUUGCUAACUUAAAGCCAGACCUGUAAUUUAGGUCCAAGUGAAAAAAGUUUUAUAAAACCACACUAUAGCUUGUUGAGUGCCGUUGGUGCGGAGUAGCCUGCAAACAUGAGUUUCAACAACAGACUAGGGAUUUAAUUUGUCGUGUUCUGUGGCUCUCUCUCUGCUGUCAUUGGAGUCUUGAUGCUACCUCUUAAUCUUUACAUGUUAAUUCGCUUCCAAUUGCUCAAGUUUAAUGCAACUUUAACUAGUUAAAGCUUUUAGAAAGCACCAAAAAGUCCAUGUUUAAAGUAGGGCAAUUGCGAGGAAGGAAAAGAUAUACAUGCACUGAUCCAAAACAUAUCUGAUUGGGGUGGUUUGGUUUUAUUACUUUAUCAUUUAUUCCAGGUCACAAGGUACUUAUUUAAUUUGUUCUUGAUAACUGCUCUAAACUGUGCUGGAAAACAUUGCCUUUUAGGACCAAGUUUGACAAAUUAUUGCGCUAGAAGCCUUAUAGUUUGAAACUGAUUUUCUGCAGGAAAUUUCUAAUUGCAUUCUGAUAAUUAUUGAUGUGUGUCAUUGUGACAAGACCCUUAUUUACUCUCUCCAUUCUUCUUUCAGUAGCCCAAAAUCGAAGGCGGAGGUUAUGGUACAUCCUCCUUCCGUGAUGUCUCCAUCUGGCAACCCCCAGCUGGACACCAAGUUCUCCAGCCAGGGGAAACAAGGAAGCUCUGCAAGCCAGUCACAAGCAUCCCCUUGUGACCCAAAGAGUGGCAACCACACCCCCAAACCGCUGCCUGGACCUGGAGGCAGCAUGGGACUUAAAAAUGGGGCAGGGAAUGGAGCCAAAGGGAAAGGAAAAAGGGAAAGAAGUAUUUCUGCCGAAUCGUUUGAUCAGAGAGACACAGGAACUCCCACUACAGACUCGGAAAUGAAAGGUAAGCGUUGUGUUGUAACCAGAUGGGAACUGAAAACUGACUGCAGGGGAAUGUUAUUCAUUAGUAGUGGACUUCAUACAUCUAAUUUAGCCUGGCAUGCAGAGCUUACUCCUAAAUCUUCUUGUACACCAGACAGUACCCCAUGUUAGCACCUCCAACAGUCAUAGGUCAAUCUAUUACAUCAAACAAAGGAAUACUGAUCCUCGCUUUUAAUUCUAACACGGUCUACCCAUGGUGCUCUAUGCUAGCUAAUUUGCAUUGUAUGCCAGGAUGUGCUAGAACAUUAAUUUCGAUGUGCAAAGGAGUUUAUUUUGACAAGCAGUACCUGCAGUUAGUAGAAGUGGCAUUCAAAGUUUGAUAAAUCACUUGGUUCUUUUCUGCUGCCAUCUUGUGUUCUUUUGUGAAUUUGGUGUAUUCUUGCUUCAUGUAUGUCAUCAUUUAACUGUGUUGCUCAUUCAUGAUAGUUGGCUGUGUAAGAAGUUUCUCACAGACGUGUCCUUUGUUUUGGUUAAUGAACCAUAAAAAUGGCAUGUGAAUGGCAAUCACGCAAGUCUGUCUUUACUUAAAGUGGACCUAGAAGGCCAAUCACCAGUGUCUGAUGGGAACAUCUGAAUCUACCUUCUUUCAGACAGUCUGCUAAAGUUGAAGAUCAGUAAAUUAAAAACUGUUUACACAUUGACCUGUUCGAAUCUCAUUCAUACAUGUUCUAGUAAUGUGCAGCUGGGUGUCUCCUGACCAUGGUGUAUCGCAUACCAUCUAAGGCCACUUGCAGGGGAUUUAUGCUGCCACAAGGUUACUUCCAUGUUGGUGGGUAGAACUUCCAAAAUCCGCAUAGUGGAGGUGACAGCGUGAUCCGCGAGCUAGGAGAAACCAGCCUUGAUCAGUCACAGUAUGAUCACCAGUGUAACUGAUCUCCACACACCAUUAAAUAUCACAGUGACUGACAUGAAUCUGUAGCUGUCAUUGUGUACUGCAAUUAACUCUGUAACUUAAAGGGAUACUUUAAGCACCAAAACAACUUUAGCUCAAUGAGGCAGUUUUAGUGUAAACAUAAUGCCCCUGAAGUUUCUCUGCUCAAUUAUCUGCCAUUUAGGAAUUAAAACACUCUUGUUUCUGUUGCCCUAGCCACAUCUCCGCUGUCAGUGACUCUCACAGCCUCAACGACAAAAAUGGUUUCAUAUUCAACGAUCUUGCAGCACAGUAUGCUUACUGUGCUGUAGAAGUUCCUAUCUCCCGUUCUGUUAAUGUAACUUUAAUCAUACACAGGAGGCUUGUGCAAGCGCGCUUCUGCUUCUAGAAGUGGUUGUGGUGGUAGGUAUCUGCAUGUGUAGCCUUUCUACUUGAAUAUUUGGAGCCAUAUAAACCAACGGGACACAUGAUGGAACUCCUGUUCCAGGCUGCCUAAAUGCCAGAAUGUCAAUUCUGUUAAAAAAUAAUGUACGUCUGUCAGCUCGCACAUCAUCCUGGGGACAGAUGUAAAGAGUUUCUCGUUUGCAGGCAGUGUUUCUGCAAGGGGAAGCAUUGCCUGGUUUGUCUUUAAAAAAAACCCACAAAAUACCCCUUCCCUCCCCUACCUGGCUGAGAGCGUGUGCAUGCGCUCAAAGAUGGACAAACGAUCCAAUAAAAUGUUUCUCUAGGACAAGCAUUUGAUUGGAGAACUGCCGAUAUUUGUUUUGGUAUCUUUUGACUGGCACUGGAUUCAACGUAAGUUUUACGUUAAAAAGGGGGGAGCUAAUGAAUAAUGGUCAGUAGGGCAUGAUAAACUUAGGAUAUCAGAAAAAAUAGGUUAGCGUAACCUUUUACCAGAGCAGGCAAUAAGAUCUAAAUUAAAUUUGCAAUUUACAUGUAGCCAUAUCAUUGUCAAUAUCUUCCAUUGUCUGCAGUAACUGCCUUAUUGCAUUUUUUCCCACAAAUAAAUGAUGCUAUGUUGAAUUUUUACUUAAUUUGUGCUAAAUUGAGCACGUUUGUUUUCAGGCAUGAUUGGCCCUGUCUUGUUUGCUAUACUACAGCAGACCCCCAUUUAAAGUCACUCCCACUAAAGUUUAUAUUUUGAUUGGCGUUGACACGUAUAUUUUGCCUACUGCUCCCCGUUAUUAAGGCCAAGUGUGUGAGCACUUGUGGAUGGGCUUUGUAAGAUUAUUUAGUAGUCUUUGGGCAGAAAGAACUGGCUGGGAUCAUUGGGUUCUUUUUUUUUUUUUUUUUUUUUUUGUAUUUGGCUCUGUCUUUAAUCGUCAUUUUAAUAUUACUGUAAUUGCCUAGAGUUGGAGACGAGUAGAGAUGCGGUUCCCAACCUUUUUUUGGACCAAGGUGCACUUUAGUAAAUGAUGAAUUUCCAAGGCACACCUAAUCAUAUGUUUUUACCUUCAUCAGCAGAUUAUAAAUAUCACAUUUACUUGAAGUCUUACUUGAGAGAGAUGCAUUUGUCUCGCCAAAUUGACUUAUUGGUUGUAAUUGAUUGCCAGAUGAGAUCCCAAUUUUAUGUUGACUUAUUAAACACGCAUUUUAGGAUUCCUUCAACAUAUUACAGCCUGGUUGUCUAAAUCACUAUAUAUGUUCUUAGAUAGGGCUUAGCAGAAAUGUCAUUUUUCUCCGUGCUGUGAAAAAGAACCUUUCAGUAUUUACAUAGAGAAUUGUUGCUGCCAAAAAUGUCUUCCAUCCUUCAGUAAAUAGUGGAUAAAUUCAUUGUAAUGCCAGUUUUUUUUUUUUUUUUCUUCUUAAUAUUGUGUGUGCGUAGCCUGGUCUUAAGGGCAAAUGUUCAGUAGUCCAUUAUAACGUAAUUGGGGACACGUGCCAAGCACUUUCUCUCCAGUGAUAGAUAUAUAUAUUAUAAAAAAAAAUGUUCUCCUUUAUUUUCAGCAGAAUUGAAAUGGCACAUGCGUUAAUUAUAUUAACCUUAACUUCUUGAAUAGCUUUACAUAUCACCUCUCACUAUAUGAAUAGCCUUGAUCGAAGCAAGAAGUUACUUUAAGAAUGCACAUAGAAUUGUGUAGGAUGAAAAGACUGCCGUGCGUGGUUUAAACUUGCCGUAUGCCUUUUUUUUCAACCAAUUGGCAGCUGACCAGAUGCAAGCGCGUUCAGCACGUUUUUAUUUUCAUUUUGUUUUUUUGCUGCCUCUGCCGUGGGGGAUGUUUUGUUUCACGUGAAUUUGUUUGUGUAUAUGUGGAAAUGCUUGUAUCCAUAGUGUGUGUGUGGCCUCGAUAAAGGCUAGCUCUGUGGAGUUAGACAAUUCUCUAUAUCUUUAACACGUUUAUUUUGCUUUCAUUUUUUUCCGCAAUGUUAUCUGCAUUUUAAACAAUGCAUUUUCGUCUCUAAAAAAAAAAUCAAAUGCUUCUUUUGGGUAUUGGUUGUCUAUAAAUACUAUGUGGCAGUUUCCUUUAAUAUGAAAUUGCACUGCCAAGUCUCAGCCUUUGAAUGAAGAGUCUUCUAGGAUCACAAAAGGUUAAGUGACAUAGCUGUCGUUCAGAAAGUGGAUGAUUACAAAGACUUCCUUCCUUCACGUUUGCAGGCUGAACACCCUCAGGCACGCUAAACACUGCAGAUUGUGAUGCUGUUUUUUGUUUGCGCUUAUUGCUUUUUCAGUAUGUUAACUAACUGCUUGCUAAGUGGAUUACUUGUCAAAAGACCACAUGCAUGUUUUCAUUUGGGUUAUGUCUAAAAGCCGCUUGCUAAACCUGCAUUACUCUUGCUUGCAGCUUUUGCAAACCCUACCCAGUCUUUCUGUGGCUAUCCAAUCACAAAAUGCCCAUUGCAGCUGAAUGAGAAAUCUAUGCAAGGCUCUUGGUGAUUGCUGCCUCUUGAGUUUAGCAACAAGGAAUUUACACCUGUUGGCUGCGUGAAAGGCAUGGGGGUGUAACCAGAUUAAUUUAUAAAAGUGUAAUUUUCUACUGAAAUCUGCAUUAUUAUUAUUUUUUAUUUUUUUUGCAAAAUCUAAAAAGAGGACACUCUCCUCACACAUAAGGCUUUUCAGCAAGCUAAAGUGCUCUAUGUGUGUCGAGUGUCCCUUUAAUGUCUGCUUUUAUAAACUGAAGCUUGGUAUGAGGUGCUGCAGUCAAAAAGUAUUUACUUUGUAUUGCCUAACUAGCCAAUUGAGUGAUGCAUUUCUGUUCUUUCAGUAAGGUUCUGCUAUAUUUUCACUUAUUUGUACUUUUCACAAAACUGAUGCUUAAGUCUCAAGCCUUCUACUGUAAAUUCUGAUUAAUGGGAUUAAGUUGCCUUGUUCCAGCAUUUGGCAUCAUUUGACAAGUCUUGCUGUUUUCUUUUACUAUAGGCUGCUAAAAGAUUGCAAGCUAUGUUGACAAAUACUUGUUGCUGUUUACAAUGUGUGGAAAGCUGUCUAAAUUGAUUAUAUAAUGCUUAAGCAGAUGUUUUAUGCAGUUCUCUAAAAAUGCAUCCGAUUAAUGUUAAGUUGGUUGGCAGUGAAAUAUGGUGACUAACAAUAAACAGAAGAAAGUGUUCUAAAAUAUCUCUGAGCUCUUUAAAAUUCACAAAUCUGGGAAUUGGGGCUAUAUUUUGCUUAAGACAUUUUCAGUUCUAAAGGUUUUGAUUAAGUGUGCCCUUGGUUUUCUCAUUAAGCCCUGGGUCCCAAUCUUCUAUUGUAAACAUAGCAAACAGAAUUAUAAAAUUCCAACAAAUACAAUACUUGUACAUGUUUCACCCCUGCUCAUCUAUUUUACACCUGUAUUAACAGUAAUCUAACAAAGCACAUACUGAGAGCAUAUAUUGUACAAUUAAACAUUCAUUUUUUGUUUUAACUACAUCUAUGAUUUAAAACAUUGAUUUUUAAAUGAUGUUUUACAAAGUAUGGCAAAAUAUGCUUGUGUGGUUUGGUUUUCUUCUCCUCUAUUAUGUGAUGUUACUACUUCUAAGAGUUUGGGUAUUUUGCCAAAAGGGAUAGAUUGUUCCACAUCAAAGACCCAAAAGUGGCACGUUACCGGUUAUUUACUGAAUGUGCUCAGUAGGUGGUGAAAGUCUGUGACCCCCACUGCAUUGACUGAACUACCAAUACCUGCUAAUAAUCAUUUUUGGAGACCUCCUUAGUGUCACUGCAAUUUUUUUUUUCCCCUCAGAAUAUUGGUAAAGUGUUUAAACAUUUUAUGGAUAUUCUGUUUUACUACAGCUGUCCCUCUAUUGCUGUUAUAUUUUACUAGUUCCUGAUUGUUGCCAUGCUCCUGCAUCUGUACCCCAGUUUAUGGAUUUACGCUUUUCUUUCAGUAAAACUAAUUAUUUUUCUUUCAUUCUGAGUCGGAGUCUUUUUUUCAUGACCCCCUCCAUAAUUAAUUGCAUGUUAAUGUUUGCAGUGUGUUUUUUUUUUCUCUCCAAUCCCGUAGUUAAAAUAUUGUCAAACUGUUGUGGACUGGAACAAACCGUGCUAUUUGCAAAUAGUGGUCAUACUGAUAUCUUGUCAUCGGAUUACUAUCUUUUUUUAAAUCAUUUCCUUUUACAGUUUCCUUUGGAACAUGUUCAAUUAUGUGGUUAUAUUGGUUAUCUGCGUCAGUUGUGUCUGGCAAACCGGUUUUGCUCUUUCAGAUGUAUUUGUGAAAACCUCUCAUUUAGAUUGUGCCUGUCAUGGAAACUUGCUUUGGGGUCCCUGUCUAGAUAAUGAAGUGUUAACUGUACUGUCUAGCAAACACAUGGUAUUUUAGUUUUGAUUGUGCUUACCAUUUACUGUCGCCAGCACGGAGGUAAAAACUGCAGAUCUGUCCAAUGGAUGUGCUAGCGUCCCACAAUGCAUAGGGAGCUUGCUGGGCACAUAUCUUAGUAAGUGGCAGACAGCAGGUAACAUUUAGUGCCUUUUCCGGUUGAUACAGUGUAUCCAUUAAAUUGUCUUUCUCUCUGAAGCUGAACUUGUCUUUUGUGUUUGAGUUUAGAGUUCGAGUAUUGCUGCUGAUAUUGAUAGUCUUUAGUAAUAAAAUUAUAUUUUGUUCUAUUGUACUCCCCAUAAUAACUUUUUUUUUUUCUCUCUAUUUGGGCUUAUUUCUGUAUAUUGUGAAUUAGUGUAGCGUCUUAAGGUGUUCCAGGAAUGUAUUUUAUGCUUAAACUGAUCAUUUAUAAAGCGUAACCGGGUUUCUCAGUGUUUGAAGUUAAGGCUAAGAACCUACAGAGCCUAAUCGUGGAAUACAUUCCCAAAUAGGCUGCACAUGCACAGUCAGACUUCAAAUAUGUGCUUAUUCACCACGUGCCGUUGAUCAAUAAAUUCUAUGUUUGUAUAUCCUUUAUGUUGUGUCAAUAUUUCAUUCCAUCAUCAAAUUUAACAAUCAAUACAUUCAGGUUAGUCAAGUAAACUAAACCUCAGUAGUAUAUGUGUUAAAUAUUAAUAAAUCUAUGACACCCCAUUUACCACCGUAUGUUUGCAUUUUAUUGUAUCCCAAACUCUGUAAACUGGUGAGACUGUGAUGGUUUUUGAGUGCAAAGGUCAGAGCUUGUAAUAGUGAUUUACAGCAGUUGUGCCAAACAUAGGUCUACGGCCAGAUUUGGCCCACUGGGCUCAUAUUUACAGUUGAGGCACAUCGUAUGCCAGCACCAGAGCCCACAGCAAUGGAAUAAGGCGUGACUUAAUUCUAAAUCAGGGAUGAGCCUCCUUGUCACAUGGAAAGAUGGGCGUGGGGUACUUUUAUUGUGAUAAAAAAUGUUUCACAAGACUCCUGGGCAAGAAAAAAAUAACUGAGCUAUAUUGCUUUGGAGCUCUGUGAUCCUGUUAUACACUGCACGUUACUGUGUUUUAUUGCUGUGGAGCUCUGUGAUUCAAUCAUGCAGAACACAAUGCUGUCUGAAUCAUUGUGAUAUUCCCAUUUACAUUUCCCCUUACUGUGUAUGCUGCCAAAUAACGUAAACACUGCAUAUUAUUAUUCGAUUUACUACUGUUCAUUUCUUUAAUACACACGUGGCAGAUUUGACACUACAUUUAAUCUUUUAUUUCAGACAUAACACAUUUUUUUAAAGGGGAACUUGUCGUGGUUAUGGUGCUGGAUAUCCCUAAUCUCUUCCCCUCCCCCUCCCUCCCACCCCCCCCAGUCGUAAAGUAAGGCUUUCUGAAAAUGAUUUAUUUAUUUUUGUCUCUAACUGGAUGGGAUUAAUUGGUUUUGAGUGUCAGCUGACGUGAUCAGAAAAUGAAGUCAAAACAACUGGUCAGAACAGAUGAUAUUGAUGCGGAAGUAAGAACAUUUACUUAAGCGAAUAUCUGUGAACAGGAGCCAGAAAGUGACCAACUGAGGGCCUGGAAAAAGUCAAACAUUCGAUGUUUUGACUCUUGCUCAGGAACGGUGCUUGGAUACGCCUGGACCCAUAAGCAUUAUGUUUUGCUGCAGUGGUUAUAGUCCUAACAAUGCUCCUUUGAAUAUAGAAUACUGGAGUGUACCUGAUAUCCGUUCUAGAGCCAUUCUAAAUCUUUCAGGCUUGUGAUUUGAGUACUAUAAGGGCAUACUUGAGUCAGAUGCAACACCUAUAUCACAUGGAGCAUAAGUCAUUACCAAUGCUGCGUACUAUAACAUUACGUACUCGUGCAUUCCGUAUACCAUCCAUUCCUAAUCUGCAUUUCAGAAACCUAUUAAACACAUCACUUACAGUACCCAUUCACUUACACAGAACACGCUCACCCACCUACCUGGUCUCCAUGUACCAUAACAAGCAGCUGUGGCUAACUGAUCAUGCUUCCCUAUUAUUGAUUUAAAAAUAAACUAUGUUCUUGUCAUGUCACCACUGUUUCACCUCUGUAACUGGAGCCAUUUCCCUUUUACUGCGGUGACCUUCUACAUCUGUGUAUGCUAUUAAAACAGUAGACAAGCCACAGUGUCCACGCAUAAACAAUCUGUGUUUAGAAGCUGCUACGGUUAUGGUAACAUGGAAAACUGACCUUUCUCUUUCCUAGGUAUCUUAAAGGAAUCGGAGUCCGAUUUUUAAAUUUGGCUCUUCCCCAUGUAUAAAACAGACUGCUUCCAUAUAAUACACAUUAUACCCUUGCUAUUAGUCUAAGCUCACACUGUGAGCUUCCUGUAGUGUGCGCACACGUAGGAUAAUGUUCAUUUCUCAUUACGGUGAGUGACUAUAUCUUUAUGCCAGGGCUUGACAAGUUUGCUUGGAAUUUAGGAGCCAGCUAAAAAAGUUAAGAGCCAGAUUUAUUUUUUAUUAUGUUUAAUUAAACUUGGAUAUAAUUUUUUCUCUCUAAAAUGCAUGUUCUAUAUACUUUAUAUAAUUUUAUUAUAUAUUAGGAUUCUGGCAGACAACCCAGACAGAAUUUCAUUUGCAAACCCUAUACUUGACACUGUAACUUUCCAAAAUCACAUGAAACCUGUACAUGUAGGUUACUGUUGUGAGAACGCUGAAAACAAGUGUUUUAGAGCAGUAAAAACAUAUGAAGACUAUAUCCGCAAACCGUGCGUUUCGUUUGUUUUUAUUUUUAUUUUUUAAAAUUUCAAAAAACAAAUCUGAACACAGACUUUUGCCAGGGAUUCUUACUAAGUGUCUAGUUAAAUAGACUGGAAAUGCUAAAUUUCUGAAUACGCUGGGUUCUCUACUUUUGCAAAUGGUAUGCUAAGAUGGGGGUAAUUUUCAUUCCUGGUCUGCCGUAAGGUCUCAAGGGCAACAUAGGCCCAGCAAACCAAUCUGGCAAAUUGCAAUAUUUUACACACUGAAAAGGCAGAAGUGCUUAGACCCUGUAACCAAAACUCCAUAAAACCUGUAUGUGGGGGGUACUGUUGUACUUGUGAGACAUUGCUGACUACAAAUCUGUGUGUUUUAUUGCAGUAAAAGGUAACCUAAUGAUGACAUUCACAGUUAAAAUGCCAUGCAGAAUUUGAAAAAUAACAAUUUCUUAAUUUUUCCAAACAUUUGAAAAUUUUAUUCAUAUUAAACGGUUUCAAAUCUAAAUAUUUGAUGUGAAAUGAAAUCCCUAUCUGAACAAAAUAUACACAAAGUGUGGGUGCACUUAAUAUAAAUUAUGGUUGAACAGACAGUCAAAUUCUAGGUUUUGUUUUGAUCAGAACUUGUACAAUUACCUCUGUCCCGAAAGGGUUAAACAAUUCCCUUUCCAGUUUUUCAUUUGACGUUUAUGUAAACUACAUUUUCUCUUAACUUCUAUGCUCAUCUUCAUUUAAAACCUGUAUUUCAUUGUGUGUGUUUUUUCUUUUGGUUUUAUUUUUAGAGUGCAACACUACAGAUCCGGUGAUGCCCUUAGAGUCCCAUGCCGCACACACCAUGACCCCAUCCAAUACCUCCGUCCCCAGAGCUUCCACUCCUUCACACGGGCCAACAUUGCUCGACUCCGCACCCGAAAGAAAAACGCCAUCAAAAGUGGUCUACGUCUUUUCUACUGAAAUGGCCAAUAAGUAAGUGAUUUCAAUUUUUUUGUGUCCUUAGGAAUUUAGCAAUAUCCUGUAAUAUUCUAUCUAGUCACCAAUGGACAUUAGACUCAAGGAGAAAUAUUUUGGCCGUUGGUUUUUCUGGGUGUAACACUUCUCCACAGAGAGGGCAGAACAGAUCUUUCACCCUGAAGUAUGAAGGACCUUCAGAGAUCCCUUUUCCUUGAAAAAAUUAAUGCUAGUAUAUGGAAAGAAGCCUUUGAGAAAGCGCAUUACAAGAAAAUGAUUAGUCUUCUUUUUGGUUGAGGUUUUAAAGAGCAGAGUGCUGCUGUUGUGAGCUAUCUCUAAAUUCUGUGCUUUAGCGAGGUUAGGGCUAGCCAACCUUCAGCAUUCUAUAUAUUUGUGGACUAGAUCUCUCCUAAUAUGUUGCCAGCAUUAUGGCUGUAAGAGGUUAAUGGGAAAUGUAGUCCACAAUAUCUGGAGUGCAGAAAGUUGCCUAACCCUGAUCUAAGUAGUCAAUUGCGUCAUACCGCUACCGUCAUGCAUUUAAAAACGGCUCUUAAAUUUUAUUUCAGCUGUAUAAGAAGAUGGUGGUGUUGUCAAUGAUUGGAUGGCAACAAUGGCAGUGACUUUUAUAAGGCUUGUUUGAGUCAUCCACACCCUUUGAGAUAAACCUGUUUUAGAGAGAAGGUAGUCCCUACUUUAUUUUAAGCUUGGGUUCAAAAACACUAGAACAGUUUAGGGAAAGGAAUGGCACAGCUAGGUUUUAAUUUAUAAUUUUACUCCAGAAUAUUUCUUUAGUUUUUGCAUUAAGAGCAAAAUCUGUUGCAGUACAGCGUUCUUUUGAGAGAUCUGUAUUCUUCGUGUAGAUUUUCUUCCCGUGUGUAAAUUGCGGACACUCAGUAUUGCGAGCUGUGGGGAAAUAGUUUACAAAAUAUGAGCAUAGACAGGAUUUAAUUAUUGGAGCUUGAGCAUCCACAUAUGUGUGUGAGUUAUUGUACAAUGCUUAGACAGAAAUUUCUGCAAAAUAUCUAGUGCAAUCGUACUUGGUUCUCAGUCACACUAGCGUUUUAGAAGCUUGCAAUAUUAUUCAAUUACAGAGUAAUAUUACCUAAUAUCACACAGGACAGGAUUGCUGCUCUGGGAAUUUAAUGCUGCCCUGAGUCUCCCCCUAAAGGUCUGGUGCAAGGGAACCAGUCUUAAAACCCAGCUUAAAAUUAUAGUCUGAAAUAAAAAACAUAGCGGAUUUGGAGAAUUGUUUCAGUUUCGCUGAUUUGGUCUAAUAUUUGAAGUUCAGUUGAAAUUAGCAGCAGUUCACACUUUAGUGAAUAACUCAGCAUUGUGGACUGGAAUUUGACAUUCCUGGUUUAAUCGUUAUUCCUGCAAGAACAUGAAAGUUAAAGGGACACUAUAGUCACCAGAACAACUACGGCUUAUUGCAUUUGUUCUGGUAAGUGUAAUUUCUUUCAGGCUUUUUGCUGUAAAUACUGUUUUUUCUGUUAUGUAGCAUUGUGUCGUGUAUUGAAUUUGCAUUAUAGCCAUGUAGUUUCCUGCUUGCUGAGGGUGCUUGGCUGACCUGAUACUAUUUUACCCCACAGAGCUGCAGAAGCGGUCAUCAAGGGUCAGGCCGAAUCCAUUGUUCUCUUCCACAUCCAGAGCACCUCAAACAGCAAAGCUGAACGCACUUCAACUCCUACGGUGGGAUAACUAAGCUUUUCUGUUGUAUCUGUGCUCUGUAUAUAAAGGGGCGGAUGUGCCUACUGUUCUUUGUGUUUUUAAGAUGUUAUUGCAGGUUCAGCCAAUUGGGAGCCAUUUAAAUGCUCUUCAUUGACAGCUGAGACUUUUAACAUUGCAGGACAAGAACUCCUUAUCUGAAGCACUGCUUGUUUUUCUACCCUUGUACUUUUAGCCUACAAUUCUUUGGGUCCUUGUCUAUGGUUUUACAGAGAUAAAUCUACUUAAUCAUUUCUCUGUUAUUGUAGGCAGCGAGUCUUGGCAUGUGUAGUGCAACUUGACAGCUCUUUGGGUAGACUUGAUUGCCGAAAUAUAUAAAAUAAUCAGUGGGAAAACGUCAUAUGUGCAUGUAAAAGCCUGCCUUGCAUCAUACUUUAGAAAACCACAUGAUGGGAGCUUUUACACAAGGAAAAAAGUGGAAGCUUGUGAAAUUUGUGGAUAAACAAAGACUCGUCAACUCUGCUUUAAGUGAUUUUAAUCAAAUGUCCGGCAUGGCAAUCCUUGAACUCACACGGCUGAACUAAAACACCUUGGGAGUAAAAAGGCUGCCACUUAAUUUGUUAAAAUCCUUUUCACACUUCAGCAGGGUUUUAGUCUCUAUUUACUGUGGCUGAGUAUUAAUUCUUACCAGAGCAACUGCCUUGACUGUAAAAUGUAGAAUUUGUGAGAACCUUUUUAUAUUAUAUCAACAGUUCUACUUUUUCAAAUAAAAGCCUUCCACCUAAAUAUUAAACAGAAUACAUCUUUGGUUUGACUUCUGGUCGGUCACCAAAAAUUGCACAGAUAAACAAAUGGUGCCCCUCUGUCUGCCAUAAAACAUUUUACCUGGAAAAAACAUAAAAUCAUUCAGGAUAUUUACGUAUGGGUAUUUUAUGAGAUCACUCUAGUGUCACUGACCUUUUAAGUAGAAACAGUGUUGGAUUUCAAAUUUUUCACUUGGAAAUCCAAAAUUGUUGGACUGGUUUUUCUGGUUAGAACCUUAAGUAUGGGGAUGUUAGGAUGGUGUUGUUUUUUUUUUAUUUUUUUUUUUAUUUAUUUUUUUAAUAUCUUCCUUCUUUGACAUGGGUGGGCCAAAGGUCAAUGUAUUCACUGGAUUGAUCAGUGUCUGUGCUAAAGUUAAUGUUCUUAAUGACAUUUCAGGGAUUGUUCGUAGCAGCAAACAUUGAAUACUGCCCUCGAUAUGAGGAAUGGAACAGAUUACUUACAUUUAUUACCCUUAAGAGUAUUUUUUGUUUUUAGCACAACAGGAAUUCUUCACAAUAAAGUUUAUUUUAUUUUAUUAUUUUUUUUUUUUUUAAAUAUACAUGUGGGUUUUUGGUAAUAAAUUUCUAUUGUAAAUUAAUUGUAUAUGUGAUAUGCACAUGGAUAGCAACCCACAACCUUUAAAAAAAAAAAAAAGGUAGCUUGGGGAUGAAUGAAUAGUUGUAUGCCAUUUUCCCGCUUUAUGUUAAAGGAAUACUAUAGGCAAAACAACGUUGGCUUAAUAGAUUAUGCCCCUCCAGUCUCACUGCUCAGUUGUCUGCCAUUUAGGAGUUAAAUCAAUUUUGUUUUAAUUUAUGCUGCCCUAGACACACCUCUCCUGGCUGUGACUCAGCCUGCAUGAAAAGAUUGUUUAAUUUUCAAUCAGAUUUUAACUUCCUUUAGAAGUUUUUAUCUGUUGCUCUGUAAAUGUAACUUUAAUCCCACACAUUCUAUAUUAAACAGAAUUUAAUAAAGGAACCUAGGACAUUUAGAUUCCUUUUCAGAAAGUGUUUAGGAAGGCUGUGCACAUUAAAUGCAGGGGAGUUGUGACUAGGGCUGUACAAACAGUGAUUUAACUCCUUAAUGGCAGAGAAUGCUUAUCUUACUGUAUUAUCCUUGUUUGCCAGGGCAGCUUAUCAUUUCUAUUCCCCAAAGUAAUGUGUUAGCUUAAAGGACCACUAUAGGCACCCAGACCACUUCAGCUUAAUGAAGUGGUCUGGGUGCCUGGUCCAGCUAGGGUUAACCUUUUUUUUUAUAAACAUAGCAGUUUCAGAGAAACUGCUAUGUUUAUAAAUAGGUUAAUCCUGCCUCUAGUGGCUGUCUCAUUGAACACAUGCGCAUUCAGACGAGGAGGAGGAGAGCUCCCCGUCCGGCGCUGGAGAAAGAGGUAAGUUUAACCCAUUCCUCUCCCCAGAGCCCAGCGGGAGGGGGUCCCUGAGGGUGGGGGCACCCUCAGGGAACUAUAGUGCCAGGAACGAAAACGAGUAUGUUUUCCUGGCACUAUAGUGGUCCUUUAACAGGUGUCUGUAAACAAUGUAUUGCCCUAGUAGGUCUGCUACGCACAUCUAUUGAUACACGCACCACCACCUCAAUGAAGGUGUAUUGUGUUACAAUGAAACAGAAUUAUUUACUUUUCUUUUUCUACCCUGUUCCUUGCAAUUACAGGGACACUCUUAAACAUAACUGCUACAGCUCAUUGUGGGGGUUACAGUGUUUGAAGUCUUUGGGCGUCUAUGUUAUUUCAAAGACCAGGUCUUUCCUGGGCAAUUGGUGCUCAACCCUCUGCUGAAGUACAUUUAUUGGAUUAGCCCUGUAGCUGCAGACAUGUUGGAUUGCAGGCAAAGUCCUGGUUAUGUAAAAGACUGCUCGAUGACAGAUUGAUUGAAAAUGGGGAGUCAUCACCCAGCCUGUCAUAGCACAAUGACUUCUACCGUUAUCUGUAGUGUCUGGUACUAAAAAUGUCCCUGUAAGAUUUAAAUGGAUGGCCUUUAUUGCAACAUUUUUAAUCUUAACUUUUAAACUCAUCAAGUGCCCAAAAUGCAUAUUGUAUAAUGUGCUCCACUACUGAAAUGUUUGGUAAAAUGUAUAAAAGGUUUUGUUUUGUUUCUGGGAACAGGCUUACUUUAUGCAUGGCUUAAAAUGUGUAACAGUAAUUUAGUAAUGAAUAUAGAAAUGCAUUUACAUUGCUUUUUAGUUUCUUAAAUAGUUGUCUUCAUAAAUGUGUUAAAAUCCGUUCCUAUCAGAGGGGGAAAAAAAACUUCUAUUCUAUCAGAGUAUUGCUAUAAACAAUAGAGUGUGAUCAGGAACUUUGUUCAAUGACGUGUAUGUUACAAAAUGUUUUGGCUGAAGCCCCUGGCAAUGCCAGAUGUUAACCGCUAAGUGUAAAAACACUCAUACUUAUGGUAUAUCAUGAUAGUUUUAUAGUAUAUUUUACUUUUCUUUUUUUUUUUUCCUUUCAUUGCAGAACACUCAAAUAGCUACAAAUAUUAGAAAUGAACCGAAAACACAUCCCAGAGCACCUACUCCACAAGAGCAGAACCAUUCGCAAGCUGCCAAAGUGCAAUCCAAUCAGACUGCUACAGCCCUGCCCUCUAAGACUACAGCUCCCCAUUGUUCACUUGGACAAGACAGUGGGGUUGUGGAAAAUAAAAUCACAGCUAGCAGCCCUGCCAAUUCUAACAUUCUACAAACUGAAGGGUGUGGGCAGAGUUCUACCCCUAACCCUCAAGUUGCCAGUCCUUUAUCACAAGUGAAUGUCCCACCUCCAGUAGAUUCCAAGACCGAGUCAAAACCUGCACCUCCACAGGUGCCAGGUGGGGAUCAACCACCUAUAGGUGAGAAUCCUGAUGGGCUUUCUCAAGAACAAUUAGAGCACAGAGAACGGUCUUUGCAAACACUUAGAGAUAUUCAGCGUAUGCUUUUUCCUGAUGAGAAAGAGUUCGCCAUGAAAGACAUUACAGGCCAAAGUGGGGGACCUCAACCGAACUCUGGAAUGCUGGACAAUCCCCAGAAAAAACUUGAAGGACCUAUACAGGCUAUGGUGGCUCAGUCACAAAAUCUAGGUAAAGGUCCAGGGCCUCAUCCAGAUGGUGGAAUGCCAUUUGGGCCACAGGGACAUAGAGACAUGCCUUUUUCACCAGAGGAUAUGGCUCCACCAAUGAAUCCUCAGCCUGGCCAAGAUCACCUUGACCACAUGACUCCAGAGCAGGUGGCAUGGCUCAAGUUGCAGCAGGAGUUCUACGAGGAGAAAAGACGCAAACAAGAGCAGGCUGUAGUGCAGCAACGUUCUUUGCAGGAUAUGAUGGUACACCAGCAUGGACCUAGAGGCAUGGUCCGUGGUCCUCCGCCCCCUUACCAGAUGAAUCCUGGUGACAAUUGGGGACCGGGAGGUCCAGAGCCCUUUUCAGAUGGAAUGGGAAUGCCACACCCUAUGCCACCCAAAGGUAUGCCCCCUCAUCCAAAUGUGCCUGGAAGCCAAAUGCAUCGUUUACCUGGAUUUGUUGGAAUGAUGAACCCUGACAUGGAUGGACCUAAUGUUCCAAACCCUGCUUCUAGGGCUGGACUUCCGAGUGUUAAUUGGCCUGAAGAUGUGCCAAAAAUGUCAGAUGGCCGCAACUUUCCCCCUGGUCAAAGUAUAUUCAGUGGCCCAGGGCGAGGUGAGAGAUUUCCAAACCCCCAGGGCAUGUCAGAUGAGCUUUUUCAUCCACAUGUUUCCGAAAAACAACUUGGUGUUCCUCCUGGUAUGAACAUAGAGGGAAUCAGACCUGUUAUGGAAAUGAACCGAGGAAUGGCACCUCAGAGGAAUAUGGAGCCUGGAAGUGGCAUGUUCCCUCGUAUGCCUGGAGAUGCAGCACUGAGUCCCUCGAGGAUGGAAUUCCACAAGGGCAUGCCUCCUAAUAUGGGCCCAAAUAGAGAGGUAGAAUUUGCCAUGGGCCCAGGCAACAUGAACAUGAAGGUUGAUAUGAACCUGAAUGUCAACAUGAAUUCUAACCAGCAGUUAAUGUCUCAGAAAAUGAGAGAUGUGGUUAUGGGUCCGGAGGAGAUGAUUAAAAUGAGACCAGGCAGCUCAGAAAUGCUCACCAACCAGCAAAAAAUGCAUUCUGCACCAUUUGAACACUCCCAGCAGGAAUUCGGCAUGAGCGCCAGGUCUUUUCUCAACAUGCCCCAGGGUCCUGGUGGGGUGUUGAGGAAUCCCAGAGAACAGAUGGGGCCUGAUCAAAGGACUAAUAGCCGACUCAGCCACAUGCCACCUCUACCUCUCAACCCAAACAAUAACCCAGGCAACCUCAAUGUUGCUCCCCCUGUUCAGCGCAGCAUGGGGCGUAAGCCUUUGGAUAAUGUUUCUGUUUCAGGCAGUCAAGUGAACUCUCCAGGUGUGAAUCCUUUAAAAUCUCCAACAAUGCGCCAGGUUCAGUCUCCAAUGAUGGGCUCCCCGUCUGGUAAUCUUAAAUCCCCUCAGACUCCGUCUCAGUUAGCCGGGAUGCUGACAGGACCAACAGCUGCAGCUGCUGCUUCCAUUAAGUCCCCACCCGUCAUGGGGUCUGCUGCUGCUUCCCCUGUCCACCUGAAGUCUCCGUCCUUACCUGUACCUUCCCCAGGUUGGACGUCUUCUCCUAAGCCUCCAAUGCAAAGUCCAGGAAUACCCCCAAACCAGCACAAGCAGCCCCUUGGCAUCACCUCACCAGCUAUGAUGGGGAAUAUGGAAUCAGGUUGGUAACUCCUGGACCUACCUUAAUAGUAACUUUUCUUUUUAAUUUAAUACGCAAAAUUCUAAUGUGGCAUUGUUAAUUUAAUUAGUCGCCUGGCAUUUAUAUGAUUGUGUUGUAGAAAGGGGUUGAUGUACAAUAUAUUAACAUGGAGGGGUUUCAGGCAUAAAACAGACUCUGGCAUCCUUGGACAACACAAACUCUUAAAGGGUUACUCCAGGCGCCACGACCACUUCCGUGAUUUGCAGUGCUCAUGGUGCCUAAAGUCUGUGCAGCUUUUCACUAUAUGGGCAUCCUAUUAGGCAUAUCUAUAUUUUGUCAGAGUUCAGUACAAUUGCUAUGAUUGUAACAAAGUAUUGCUCUGUUGUAUGACCCCAUUCUACCAAUAACUUCUGUGUUGGACUAUCACAAUGGCCCCUGGUAGCUCAGGAAGAAAAAGUUUCAUAAUUUGAGGAUGGGCACUUGUUUUAGGAGAAUAGCAGGAGUCUCUGCAAUGAUUGUUGAUGAAAUUGGAGUAGUUUGUGGUUUGUUUUCUUUUCUAAAAAUAGGCAAAUAGAGAUUAUAGUGGUUUUAAAUCGGUUACUUUGUGAAAGAAAUUAUUCACGCCCCAGAAAUGUGAGCAUUAUUGUCCCCUGUGCAUUUUUGUGUUUUGUAAUAGAAUUGAUUUCUGAACCUCGAUGGUCGGAUGUUGCCAUGGCAACUUCAGUGAAGACUCUUAGGAAACAUCCAUUUUAACCUCCUGGACACUUAAUAUCUCUGCUGCUCAUAUUUCCUGAACAGAGCAUCAGCUUAGAAAAAGAAAAACCUUUUCUUAGAAGCACACAAUGAACCCUCAUAUUAUAUAGAAACUUAUGCUGAAUUCUUGGCGUUUUUAAUUCUAGGGGUGUGUGGAUUAUACAUAGAACAUACUGGUGAUGUUGGUGUCUCACAGGUCACAUUUCCUGUUGGUGAAGCUAAGAAGGGUUCGUGGUAAAAGAUGUGGUGGGGCAUGUGCGGAAAUGGGUGAGGGGGUAGACAAAGAUUAAUACCUCUUGCGGCACCUAAAGAAAUGGGUUCUGAUUUAUUUAUUUUUUUGAUUUAUUUAUUUUUAUUCCAGCAAUUGUAAGGACAAAGCCUGGAUAUAAACCUGUGUGGCGCGUGUUUGGAAUAACACUUACCGUUCACUUUAAUGUGCAUUUAGGGUGGCAGGGCAGGGCUUGGUGUAAUGAAGUGAGAAUAGGGGUGACCUAUGGUUGUAUAGAGUUUUCAUUUUUCGUGUGACAGCCACAUACUAAAGCUUUCUGCGUCCAAGGUGCAUAUUAGGGCUUCUUGUGAAGGUUUUAACCAUGAUGCGUCCAUUAGAUGAAGGAGCAGAGUUUCUGCACUAUACAAAAUAGAGCAUUAUUCAGUUCACUCCUAAGUAAUGUUAUGGUGCAAUGUUUUUGAUUUCUUCAAUGAAUUGAAUAAACUGCGUUUUAUAGUAGUCGGUGCUUCCCUGCUUCUUCGGGUCACUGAACUAUUAUUUAUCUGAAGUUUAGGAAGCCACCCAACCAAAUUCUGCAGUCAAUACUGCAGUGUACGGGUGCGAACUUUCUUCCGAUGUUCUAUGUAGGUGAAGGUUUGUGUGUUGAACAUAAACAUGGAAUUUGUUUAAAAAAAAAAAAAAAAAAAAUUUAAAUUCGUGAUACGGCUGAACUGCAAAUGGUGACGUGUCUAGGGGGUUAUUAGGCUGCUGGCCCACUUUGUGAUUAUGGCCUUUUGAGUGGCCACAAUGAUCUCACAAGAGCAAUAGACUAGAACUUCUGUCAUUCGCGUUCUACUUGUCUGAAAACUGGCUAUUCCCUCAUAUAAACCUGUUGAGCUAUUUGUACCUUUAAGUUCUUCAGCAUUUACCAUUUCCAUUCUAAUUUUGGGUUUUGCUAAAUACUUUUAUUUAUUCAGUGAUCAAAAGAAAAUGAAAAAUGCGUUCAUAUGGUUUACUUAUUAUGAGUAAUGACUAAACUCAAAAUGGGGGGAGAGGGGGAUAGUAUGCUGAGAAAUCCAAUCUUUUUAUUUCUUUUGGGGACAUUUCUUGAAAACUGUUUUACCAGUAAAAAAAAAAGGCAAGCCCCAAAGAGUCCUUUAAUCAUAGUCACUGUGAAGGCGAUCAUAAAGAAUCAGCCUUAGAUUAGUUACAGAUUACAUAUGUGCUGCAUUUUAAAACUAUAAUGUCCAUAUCUCUUUAAUGUAAACGAUAUUGUGGUUUUUGGAUAAUUGGUGAGCUGCUGUCACUAAAGUAUUGUUCAAGUAGCACUUUUCCUGCCUGUUUGAAACAUGGCAGCAGCUUGAUAUGCACUGAGGGACACUGACCUGCGUUCAUUAGGAAAAAGACAUUAAUGUUAUCAUGACUGUUAGAUAUUUUAGUGAUUACAACUUGGCAAUAUAGCGUAUUAAUAUCUGAUACGGUAGCCCAACUCCAGAUUUUCUAACAUGCCUUUCAUGUAGCAGGAAAAAAAACCUGUUGUUGCUUUAAAGUAAUGUAUUGAAGGUCUGAUUUAUGUAAUAAUCCUCAUUUAAACAUGUUGUGCCAGUAAAAGUAAUGGUUAGAGCGUUUAUAGCACAUUCUAGGCCAAAAGAGCCAUGCUAUUAGAUGGUUGAGUUUGAGAAUUUGUAUUUUUUUUCUCUCUAAGCUGUUUGUUCAUUUUGACAUCCGUGUAUUAUCUGAAUAUUGAAGUUUAUGGCUCAGGUGUAUUUUGGCUUCUUUCUCCUUCCAUCUCUUUUGGCUUGACACUCUUCAUUGCAUUUAUCGGCUACAUUUCUGCUCCUUCCCAAUAAUUUGAUAUUAAUAGAUUGGAUAUCUCCAUAAUCCAUGUAAAGGUUGGGGAUUUGGAGGAAAUAGUGUCCAGUCAGGCCUGAAAUGCCCAUGUAAUACAAUUUUCCAGUCAACCUGAUGACGUGUGAAAUGUCAUGUGGAAAUAGUCCUUCAAUACUGCCACAAGAUGGUGGAAUGCGUUGGGGAGGUUGCUAGAUCGAUAUUGGGCAACCUAUCUGCCUAAUUAUUUGUGUAGGCCUUGUCAAGCAUGAUUUCCAUGUCAGUUACCUGGUGUUUCUGUGUAGCCUCUACAUCAAUAGAAUGCCAAUUAUUUUCUAUACAUGAUUAGACAAAUGUCUAAUAUCACAAUAUAAAUGAAUAUAAUUAAUUCUUAUUAGUCACUGGUGCACAUAGCCUUUACAACUUAAGUACGUGAUACAUGAACUUCUCCAACUUGUAACCACCUGUGACUGGUCAUUUAUGUAGCUCCCAACAUUUUGAACGGCCAAAGAACGGGUCUUCCUGUUUGGGAUUUUAAUGUCUGUAUUACCUUGAUUUUCUACAAGACAUCAUGUCUUGGUGGCUACUUUUAACGGAAUUGGGUGCUUAUUAUGAAAUGAUUCGGUGUAUCUUGGUGUCCCCUUACUGACUAUUCAAGGGAAUGAUGACAUCUUCUUUUAAUCUGUAAAUCUAUAUAGACCAGAUGGAUUCUGAUUCCAGGAUGGUAAUAAUGGUUUGCAACAGUUUUUAGGAUCCAGUUUAUACAUCCAAAGUAGUUUUUACCCUGCUUGAGUUUUCUAGAUCUAUUUUUCCAAUGACCUGUGCUGAAUCAUGAUGUAGUCUUUGAAACUGUCCUAGUAGAUUCCAUCAGAUUUGCUCACUCAUUAAUUCUCACUUCAAAUAUGCAAUGUAUUUACAUUCAUAUAACCUUAUUUAAUUUCCAUAAGUUGCCUUUAUCUCUUUGGAAGACUGUUUCAUCAGAAAUUAGUCCACAGUGAAUGCAUCAAAUUCUGGUAAUAGACAUCUCUCUCUAUUUUUUAUUUUUUACUUUGUAAAAAAAAAAAUUUAUUUUAUUUUUUUUAACAAAUUUUAUUUGUAUUCUCUCAUAGGAGGCCCACCUCCAUCAGUCAGCCAGUCUGCUUCGAUAAAUCACCCCGGAAGUCUUCCCUCCAGCACUAGCUACACAAUGCCGCCUGAGCCCACUCUGUCCCAAAACCCUCUAUCCAUUAUGAUGUCUAGGAUGUCAAAGUUUGCCAUGCCUAGUUCCACGCCUCUGUAUCAUGAUGCCAUCAAAACGGUGGCUAGUUCAGACGAUGAUUCCCCUCCUGCCCGUUCUCCUAACCUACCAUCUAUGAAUAAUAUGCCAGGUAGGGUAUUCGCUUUCUCCAUUUCAAACAUUCACACUACUUCGGGGUUUUUGUUUUGUUUUUUCUCUUAUAACAUUUAUUCUAUUUUUAUUUUAUUUUUUUUCUGAAGAAGGUCAUUCGUCUUGCCAAACAUUCAUUCUGCUGUUGAGUUUCUCACCUCAUGUACUUAAAGGUGCAAUAGCUGUUAGUUUCUAUUCUCUAGGUAUUGUCAUUGUACUUUGCCAGUAUUUUUCUUCUGUUUUUGUGUGCAAGUGGUCUUUUUGUGGAUAUUCCAAAACCUGUUCCCUUCUGUAUCUCAAGAAAAACACAUUAUAUUAUCCAAAAAAUAGUAACAUUAGGUGAAUUCAGUGAAAUAGUGAUAUAUUUAAUAUGCAUGAAAUUUGUUAAAAAUAUAUAUAUUUAUUUCUGAUGGAUAUGGUAAUCCCAGUGUUUAUAUUGUUUGUCUAAAUUUCAUUGUUGAGCCACUGCAUGAUAUUCAUUAAUUCUUCUCUUAUAGGCAUGAAUAUGAACCCUCAGAAUCCUAACAAGAUGCCAGGUCCACAUGGAGUUUCCAUGCCAUCACUAAGUCCGAUGGGUAUGACGCAGCCUCUAUCCCAUGGUGGCCAGAUGCCAUCUCCAAAUGCCAUGGGACCCAAUGUACCACCUCAUGGAGGUCCUAUGGGACCAGGAAUGAUGUCGCAUAAUCCAAUGAUGUCACAUGGCCCUCAAGAUCCUCCCAUGGUACCUCAGGGACGCAUGGCUUUUGCUCACGGCUUUCCACAAGUGCAGUCACCUCCUCAAGUUCCUUUUCCACAUAAUGGCCCUAAUGGAGGGCAAGGAAACUUUCAGUCCGGAAUGGGUUUUCCGGUAGAUGGCCCUUUGGGUCGCCCUGGCAACAUGAACCCAAACACAGACCCAGCACUUUGUAAGUCGGGAUGUCAGCCAGGGCCGGAUUCCUUUAAUGUUAUGGGAAAUAAUAUGCCUUCAGUUUUCACAGACCCUGACCUACAGGAGGUCAUUAGACCAGGGGCGUCUGGAAUCCCUGAGUUUGACCUAUCAAGGAUUAUUCCAUCAGAGAAACCAAGUCAAACACUGCAAUAUUUCCCUCGUGGGGAAGUUCCAGGCAGAAAACCACAACAAGGACCUGGUUUUUCUCACUUGCCUGGUAUGAUGGGAGAGCCAAACCCAAGAAUGGGUCUUCCUAUGCCUGGAAUGGGAGGACCAGGCCCAGUGGUUACAGAUAUGUCCUUAGGCGGUGGUCCAAACAUGCCAGGUCACAAUUCAAUGAGGCCACCAGGUUUUAUGCAGCAAGGCAUGAUUGGACCUCACCAUCGGAUGAUGUCACCAGCACAAUCAGGAAUGCCUGGCCAACUGACUAUGAUGGGAAAUCCAGGUGGGGUGGGUAUGAUGCCAGGAAAGGAAAGAAUGCCUGCAGGACUUUAUAGCCACCCUGGACCUGUGGGAUCUCCUAAUAUGUUGAUGUCAAUGCAGGGGAUGAUGGGACCUCAACAGAACCUCAUGAUUCCCCCACAGAUGCGCCCCAGAGGUAUGCCUACUGAUAUUGGGAUGAGUGGAUUCGGUCAAGGACCAGGUAACCCGGGGAACAUGAUGUUUUAA